GCGCUAAAAUUUCUUCAUUCAACGCUCGGAGCUCUCGACAGGUGAAUCGUAGGACGCUCCACCGGGAAAAAAACUUUCACCUUCAAUAAGGAUCAGCUUUUUUUUCAAUAUUUUUUCUUGUGAAUUUUGUGUUGUGGACAAGUUUCUUCGAAAUGCAGUUGAACGAUCAUUGGCGAAAGAUCGUGAAGACGUUGAUCUUCGCAUUUCUAUGCACUGAAAUGCAAACGACAUACACCCAUCGCGAUUUGGCCGCCAAACGUGGUAUUAGCCUGGCCGAAAUGGAUGCCAUUGCAGGGCCAACGGCACAGGGACGAUUCCAGCUGGAAAAGAUCGCUCCGCACCAGGCAUCCAUACGUUUGCUGGCCCUGGAACGGGAUUAUUUCGGCAAGGGACACAUCUGCUCGGGCGCCUUAGUGGCGCCCUCUGUUGUGCUGACCGUCAGUAGCUGCAUCUUCAGCCAAGUGAAGAAGUCACACUACCAUCCAUCAGAACUGCGAGUUGUGCUCGGAAGCCCCCAGAGAUUUGCGCCCCAUGAGCAGGCACUCGUAUUCGGGGUGACCCACAUCCAUCAGCCUCCGAAGGACCUUGCUCUGGCCAUUCUUAUGCUGGAGAAGGAUGUGCCCGAUAAUCACCAGUAUAUUCAAGCAAUCGGACUACCCCCCUCUCCGGACGCCACUUCCAUCCUGGACGACUCGGAGCAGCAUAAUCUGCUGCAGAUUAGCACGUGGGGCUACGAUGCCGAUAUUCGCGAGCUGCACGACCUGGUCACAUUGAAUGCCACCCACACAUCCUGCCACCAGCAGCAGAGCAAAUCGCCAAGGAUUUGUGUCCAGAUGAAGAGCGGUAACCACAAUCGUGGCCAGCUUUACAUGGAUGCCGGUGCAACGCUGACGAAACGGGAUCGCUUGUUGGGCCUGAGAAGCAUCGACGGAGCCUUCGAGGACGUGGAAAGCCACGUGGAGUGGAUACUGACCACGAUCGGGGACGGUGGCAAUCAAAAUAGCUCCAUCUGGGGCAUCCUGGGUUUCCUGGUGUUCACCGGCUACGUGAUCACCAUCAGCACAAAGAGCUUUUCAACCUAAGAUGCCUUAGGAGGGGGAAAACCUUACGAUCUGGAAAGUGGGGUAACUAGCCAAGUAAGAUAUCCAAGGCUAUUCAGUAAUGCAAUGCCGAGGAGUGUGAUAAUCUCGAUCCGAUCCAAUGAGCGGAACAAUCUUUUUAGCCAGAUUGGCACCUUACUUUUUGUUCACAUCAACUGUGCUGUAGAAAUCUGUUGGUAGGACAUAGGUUCAAAGAUAUCACGUUCCCAAAGUAAUAAUUCGAUUUUAAUUCAACAAAAAUAAACAAUUUAUUCAUAUACAUAGGAUUAACAUAAUUAUGUACAGUACAAAUACACAUAGAUUACAAUAUGAUACAGAUCUCAA